ACACGUGGUACCUGCAAACAUCCGGUUUCCAGAAAAUGGAAAUAAGGUUGCAACAAUGUUUUGACGCACAGCUUUGACGCACGGAUUCUUGCUACACUAUGGAGGCAGCCGGCAGCCUCGUCUCAUACCGAGAGGACAUUUCUUCGCUGUUUCCUGAGCAAACGCCGGGUGCCAAAUAUAAAGAUUUAAGCAGCCAGUUCUCCACCGUCAGACAAGUGCGUGGAGAUGGGAACUGCUUCUACAGAGCUCUGUGCUUCGCUCACCUGGAGUCAGUCCUGCACAAUGCCAGAGCUUUACAGAGGUUUAAGGAGAAGAUUGUCCAGACCUGUGAGGACUUCUCUUCUGCAGGAUUUGACGAGAGUUCCUUCAAGCACCACCUGAACACAGUGGUUGAUGUUGUGGAGCGGUGCCAGGCUGAUGACCAGGAGGACACGCUGCUCCGGCUCUUCAAUAAGCAGAUGACGUCUGACAGCGUGGUGCAGUAUCUCAGGCUGCUCACUUCAGCACACCUGCAAAACCAGGCGGACUUCUUCUGCAACUUUGUGGAGGCGCCCAAUCUAGUAGUCUACUGUCAUCAAGAAGUGGAGGCCAUGGCGAUGGAGUGUGAUCACGUGGACAUCUUAGCUCUGUCGCAGGCCCUGGAUGUUUGCAUCCACAUCGUCUCCAUGGAGGGCGAUGAAGAGCAGUUGGCUCACCACGUCAUUCCAGAGGGUGCUGAACCUUCCCUGCACCUACUCUACCAAACGUCACAUUAUAACAUUCUCUAUCCGCGACCUCAACACUGACCACAGAUCCACGAGGACUCAACUCAGGAAUAUUGACUUUGGUUGAAUAAAAUCCCAACUGGGUUUUAAGACA